UCAGCCUCCCAGGCUCACCUCGGCUCAGGUCAGCUUCAGUUCGCCCCUCCUCCUCCCCCCACCCACCAACUGCGUCACGCGCCUUUUCAUUAUCACACCAGCCACCAGAACAGUAUGUAGAAGCACUCUCUUGCCAUGGAGGAGAACUGUUUGCACGUUCCUUGGCGCGGUGAGAAGUUUGAUUGAAUGAUAUUUCGAUCUCGACGUCAUCUAGUUGGUCCUUAGGCCGCUGUUGUCACCCCCACCACGCGGUGGCUAUCAUUAGGUGCUUUCCGUCUGCUCGCUUGCGUCAUCGUCGCCUAGCAUCCUCCACGAAUCAUCCGCUUUCGGCUACUACAGGUCUCGGACGUUACGUCGAGUACAGUGGCUCCUUUUGAUUGGUCUCUUCAUUAGCUCCCUCGUGCGGUUAGUUACCUUCGUUAGCUCCGAAGCGCAGAAGCCCAAAUGCGUAAUAACAGAAGUUGUUUGACGAGCAUCUAGACCCUGGGCUAGUUUCCCUGGUUCUCUGGUUUCUUCAUUAGGUUCUCGUUUCGCAGGACAAACGAACUCGUACAUCAACAUAGCUAUCGAGCAGGAUCCUCGGUAGCGAUCAAUAAUACUCACACGCGUCGAUCGACGACUCUCUGAUCAAUUUGGACCGCAGGUCCUUGCGAUUAAUAAUACUCACAUAUUCAGAAAAUGCCUAAGAACAUGGCUCCCCACCAUUGUCCAUAUCUCGGCCCGAUCCUCUUAGACGUCAUUCCAGCGGCUCUUUUCACCUGCAGAGACGGAUUCCGCGUCGCUCACUGCAGCCACGCGUUGAUGCGAAUACUCGGAGCGAAGCCGGACGCCAUAGGAGGGAAGCGGAUAGCCGAUUACUUACAUUCAGAAGAUACAAUAGCCGUUGAGCCAAUCAUGGCCGAGUUCGCCGGAGCCACCUCAACCCCCCAGCAGAAGCGGGUCGACGUUCGCCUGCGGGUCAGCGACGAUAGACAUUGCGACCAAUCCGUCGCAUGCCCGAACGACAGCACCCCACAGCCUUCUCAGUGGCGAUGGUUCGAGAUGUCGCUCGUGACGAGAGUCCCCGGCGACGCUUUUCGCAGAGCAGGCGACUGUCGCAGCAAGCAACACGAAGCAGCAUCAGACCAAGCAUCUGCUGUGCGGGACGAAGCGACACCGAUGGGGUUGGACAGUCGGCCAUCGGGAGGUCGAUUCUCCCAAGAUUCGAUGGCUGCAGAGACGGCGUCGGACGUCAACCGUGGGAGCUGUGGGAGCGGUGGGAGCGGUGGGAGCGGUGGGAGCGGUGGGAGCGGCGAGCGGGCAACGGCGCCUUCGCAGCCAUGGAUCCUCGCGACGUUCCACGAGAUCUCCGCGCGGCGAGCCGGCAUGGACGUGCUAGUGCGCGAGCUGCGGCACACGGCUGACAUGGCCAUGCGCGUAGCGGGCGGGAGAGACGGCGACGCGCCUCGCAGCCCUCCCCGCGCCGACGGCGCACAGCAGCGUUGCUCUGAUGCCGCACCGAGCCCUUCUCGCGCCGACGGCGCGCAGAUGCAGACGAUGGCUUGCAGCUGUGACGCCGCAGGUAGCCCGCGUAGCGAUGACGCGCGAAACCCUAGCACUGGCGACGACUCGCAGAGGUCUGGCGCAGAUGCGCUGCGCAACCUUAAGUGCAGCAACGGUGACGGCACUAACACUGACGCCACUCGCGGAGGUUGCACCGACACGUCGCAGGGCAUUGCAGAGGGCUCUGCGACUGCUGCGGCUGCGUCUGCUGAUGAGACGCCUAGUGACAGGGGACAGGCAGGGGAGGGAGUGAGAAGUGAAGCGGACGGGCGGAGAGACGAGCGAGUGGCGCCAAGAGAGCCAGCCGCCGGGGAGGGCGCGGAGGGACGGAAGGAGCAGGAGAGAGCCGAGCAGGAGAGGAGUGCGAAGCAGGGAAGUAGGAGCGAGGGGAGUGAGGAGGCGAGCGGGCAGGAGGCAAGGGGGGAUGACGAGGAGAGGGAGCCGUUGGGGAAGGCGCUGCAGCUGCUGGGGACGGUGAAGGGGCUGCUGCGGGAGAGCCAGAAGAACUCGGUGUUCCGCACCAUCUUCGAAAUGUCCCUGGACCCCAUGUUCAUAGUGUCACGCGAGUUCCGCAUUAUGGACUGCAACGACGCCGCCGUGCGCCACAUGCGCUUCUCGUCCAAAGAAGAGGCCAUUGCCCGCUUCGACGCGCUCACAGGCGCGCCCGAGUUCCAGGCCGACGGCCGCCUCUCCGCUGACGUGGCGGCGAUCAACGUGGCGCGCAUGCUGAGCGGCGAGACGGUCGUGACGGAGUGGCGCCACCUGGCGGCGGACGGGACGCCGUUCGACGUGCUGCUGAACGUGCGCGAGAUCGUGGUGGACGGGCAGCGCUGCAUGCUAUCCGUGUGGCACGACUUGUCCGAGAUGAAGCGCAAGGAGGAGGAGUUAAAGGCGGCCAAGGAGGCGGCGGAGGCGGGCAGCGAGGCGAAGAACCGGUUCCUGGCGAAUAUGAGCCACGAGCUGCGCACGCCCAUGAACGGCGUCAUCGGCGUCGCCGAGCUGCUGCUGCGCACGGCGCUGACGGACGAGCAGCGCAUGUACGUGGACGUCAUCUGCUCCUCCGGCAACGCCCUCACCCACAUCAUCUCCGACGUGCUCGACAUCACCAAGAUCGAGGCCCACUCCCUCGUGCUCGAGUCCUACCCGUUUGACCUGCGAGAAACAGUGGCCGACUCGUUAGAUGCUGUUCGGUCUGCUGCGAGCAGGAAGGGCCUGCAGGUGUCAAGCAGUGUGUGCGAGCAGCUGCCCACAACGGUGAUCGGAGAUCAAUUCCGGGUGCGGCAGAUUCUCCUCAACCUGCUCUCCAACGCCAUCAAGUUCACCGAUGCCGGCACGGUGGGUGUAACGGUUACCACUAGUGCUGAGCGGCCAGUGCUGCAGCAAGGGCAGCGGGAGGAGGGGGGUGGAGUGUGGGUGUGUGGGGGUGGGUGGGAGCGAGAGGAGGUGAGGAAAGGGGAGGAGACUGGUGGGGGAGUUCUUGGCAAGAGGGCGAGGGGUGACGAAUUAGAAGGUGCAGGGGCAGCAGCGGCAGCGGGGUCAGAGGCUAGUGAGUCCAAGAGACAUCGCAGGGAUUUCUUGGGAGGGGAGGCAGGAAGUCAGCCGCUGCAGCAGCAGCAGGAUGAGAUUGGGACAGCGUUAGGGCAGGGCAGUGCGGCAGCAGCAGCGCCGGUGUGGGUGCGGAUAGAUGUGAGGGACAGCGGCAUGGGCAUCUCAGCCGAGAGCAUGGCGCGCCUGUUCACCCCCUUCCGGCAGGUGGACGACUCGUCGUGCCGCAAGCACGGCGGCACGGGCCUGGGUCUGUCCAUCUGCCGCUCGCUGGCGUCGCUCAUGGGGGGCUGCAUCUCCGUCGCCUCCACGCCCCACCAAGGCUCCACCUUCUCCCUCGUGCUGCCACUUCAGCCCACCAGGCAGUCGCCCUUUCGCCCACCGCACUCCACAACUCAGAUGUUAUCAUCACCAUCAUCAUCAGCUGCUGCUGCCGCUGCGGCUGCUGUUGCUGCCUCUGGCAAGGCGGGGGCAGCAGCAGUAGCGGCAGUGGCAACUGGCAGCGCCCGUCCUGCUGCCGAGCCAUUGGCGAGCUACCUGAAUACGGAGCUGGGGCCGGUUGUGGCCGAGCUGGACUCGUUUGACCACAGUGACGGCAGAUCCACGGAGGUGGAGGGCCAAGGGGUGGGGGGGCGGGGGCAGGAGGAAGCAGGGGCAGGUGCAGUGCAGGAGGGGGUGGAGGGGAAGGCUGGAGGCAGGCGGGAUGAGGGGUCUCACAGAGGCAUGCCCGUGGGUCCAAGCGUCUCCCCUGUUGCGGGUAGCCCCAAGGGGGGGGAGGAAGGGACGUGGGGAGGGGGCAGGAGUGGGGCAGGUGCUGGGCCGACGAGCUUUGAGGGGCUGCGAUGCCUGGUGGUGGAGGACAACCCGGUGAACCGCAUGGUGGUGGUGCGCCUGCUCAGGAGCCUCAAGGUGGCCUGCGACGUGGCGGUGGAUGGCUGCAAGGCUGUGGAGGCGUGCAAGACCAACAACUACCACGUCAUCUUCAUGGACUGCCACAUGCCUGUGAUGGACGGGUUUGAAGCCACCACCCGCAUUCGCAGCCUCCAGGGACUAGGAUCGCCCUCAACCGGACAGCCUGGCUGCUGCUCUGUGGAUGUGAGAAAGGAGCAGCAGCAGCACCAACAACAAACAGAUUGUCAAGAGCAAGCGCUUCAGCGGUCUGUUAUUUAUGCGCUGACGGCGAGUGUGCUGAAGCACGAGAGGGACAAGUGUGCCCUUGUGGGGAUGGAUGGGUUCUUGGCCAAGCCAAUCAGGAUGAGGGAUCUGCAGCAGGUGCUGAGCCAGGUGCUGGCCAGGCCCCAGGUUAAAACAUGCAGUGCUGCUUGCCACAAUGGGCAGGCGAUAUUGGUGCCCUUUAAUCAGCCUAUGUAACUUGGAUUUUUUAAAAUAUU